AUGUCUCAGAAGCCAUGGCGAAGGCGACAUAACCCUACGCCGUCGACCCACACACACACUGCUAUAGAUAUUCUUCCUACGCCUGAGCUGCCCUCGAGCUCUUCACGCAGCUCGUCACUGCUCAGCGAGUCGAAUGACCCGACGUCUAGCUCGGAACAAUCGCCUGGACAGGUAUCAGUCCCUGGAGCGGGCGACAAGCUCUCUUUCUUAUCUGUGUAUCGAGCCCAUAUGAUGAUCAUGACUGUGCAUUGUAUCCUCGCAGUGGAUUUUCCAGUCUUCCCUAGACGUCAGGGCAAGUGUGAGGAUUUUGGCGCGAGCUUGAUGGAUGUCGGCGUGGGAUCUUUUGUCUUUUCACUUGGAUUGGUGUCUGCUCGAAAGUUGGUUGGAUCUCAGGUCUCAAACGAUAAUAUAUUCUUGAAGAUCUCACAAUCGAUCUGGAAAUCACUGCCUACCCUUGUGCUUGGACUCGUUCGAGUCUUGAUGGUCAAAGGGUCAGAGUAUCCCGAGCACGUUACGGAGUAUGGCGUCCAUUGGAACUUCUUCUUCACCCUCGCCAUCCUCCCCGUAAUAGGUAUCUCUCUACGCCCAGUGUGCCAGCUCGUCGGAUGGACCCAGGCUGGACUGCUCGUGGCUGUCCUACAUCAGUCUGCAUUGUCAAGCUCAGGUUUCAACCUACAAUCUUGGAUCUUGUCGCCCGAUCGAAACGGUCUCAUCGAAAUGAACAAGGAAGGAUUGGUCAGUCUACCUGGAUACCUUGCCAUCUACUUGCUCGGCGUGGCCAUAGGUCAACAUGUCAUGCGCGCUGCUGCGCCCGCGAAACGGGUCGAGUCAGCUACAGAGAAAGCCGAGGAGCGUAUCAAGAGGCAUUACGAACAGCGGCGUGCGAAUUUGGCAAUGGAACUGGUAUCGUUCGGCCUUGGAUGGUGGUCUUUACUCGCUUUCAGUCGAUUCAUGGGUGUCGAGGUAUCGAGGCGGAUGGCCAACAGCGCCUACGUCCUCUGGGUUGCAGGGUACAACACCUUGUUCCUCCUUGGCUACCUCUUACUCGAAAUAUACCUGCUCGAGAUCCCUGUCCCGCCUCAUGCGGUCCCUCCACUCCUAGAUGCGAUCAACAGAAACGGUCUCAUGGUUUUUCUCAUUGCCAACCUUUUGACUGGGGUUGUCAAUUUGUCCUUCAAGACAAUGUACCUCUCCAACUAUCAAGCUAUGUGCAUUCUGAUCUUGUACAGCAUCGCCGUCUCAGCAAUCGCUUGGACUGCACGGUAUUGGAAAGUCAACCUGUGA